AUCCAAACUUCUAAAUCAUAUCUUUUUGUCAAAAAAAAAAAUCAUAUCUAAAAAGAUAUCUAAAAAAUUGUAAACAAAUCUUAAAUCAUAAAUUCUAUACUUAUCCAAGCUUGUUACUAUAUACUUAUCUAAGUUUGUUAUAAAAAAUAAGGAAAGGAAGAGAGAAAACAAUUAAAGAUUGUGACUAUAAAAUAGGGAAAGAAAAGAAAGAGGGAAUAAACUAUCUAGAGGUUGCAGGUGAAAGAUGAUUGUGGCUAGUAAGAUUACUCAAUUUGUCCCAAGUAGGGUUAGAACAGAAUCUUCUCAUCAUGUUAUUUCAAAGUCAUGGCAAAACACUGAAGAAGAGGAGUUUGAUUGGGAAGAUCUGCGUCCAACUCUAUUAGACAACACUAGAAAUAAUAGUUUCCUGCAACCAACUAUUGGCUUCUCCACAGAAAAGCCUGUUACUGUUGCAGCAAGUUCGAUGUCAAGGAUGUUUCCUGGUCUCAAGCCUAAUAUUGAGUACCGUCCACCAAUCUUGGCGGCAACUUUUGAAAAUGUGCAUGCUCCUCGUCCUCCCUGCCUAAAUCCUAUUGAAAAUGUGCAUGCUCCUCGUCCUCCUUGCUUAAAUCCUAUUAGAUUUCCAUUGAACAAUCUUGUUAUGAAUCCAUCUGAAUCAACAAAUGCUAAUAGUUAUCGGAACCCUUUUCAAAGACAUACACACCCUGUUAUGCCAGGCCAAAGAAUCAUCACAAACAACCCUUUACAUUUUCCUCCAGCCAGCGGCCCACAUGCUCCUCCGCCCCAGAUGCUACCUCAUCCCAAUCCUUUCGUAUCAAGCGAACAGCCAUCUGUUGGAUAUUCUAAUUUGAUUAAUUCACUCAUGGCCCAAGGUGUAAUAUCAUUGGCUAAUCAAGCUCCUACACAGGAUUUUGUUGGCAUUGGCAUUGAGUUUGAUCCCAAUAUUCUAAAGGUUCGUCACGAAUCUGUAAUCAGUGCCUUAUAUGGUAAGUUGCCUAGACAGUGCAAAACUUGUGGCCUACGAUUCAAAUCACAAGAUGAGCACAGCAGACACAUGGAUUGGCAUGUGACUAAGAACCGUAACCGUAUUAGUAUGUCUAAAAACCAUAAGAUGAAACCCUCUCGCAAGUGGUUUGUCAGUGAGACGAUGUGGCUCAGCGGUGCAGAGGCAUUGGGAACUGAAUCAGCUCCAGCUCCAGGUUUUUUGCCAACUGAGGAAAAGAAAGAAGACAAAGAAUUGGCAGUUCCUGCUGAAGAGGACCAGAAAACAUGCUCUCUAUGUGGAGAGCAUUUCGAUCAGUUUUACAGUGAUGAAACAGAGGAUUGGAUGUACAGAGGAGCUGUUUACCUUAAUGCGCCCAAUGGAAUAAUAACAGCCGGCAUGGAUAGGUCACAGUUAGGCCCCAUUAUUCAUGCUAAAUGCAGAUCUGAAUCUACUACAUCCCCAUCUCAAGAUUGUGUGAUGGAUGGAGAAGGCAAUCAAAGAAAACGUAUGCAGCAAGGCACAUAUGAUGAAGGCAAUCAAAGAAAACGAAUGCGAACAAGUUUUUCGCAAAUUCAUCCUUUUUAGUUUUUAGCCAAAAUAUGUAAUGAUUUUGUAAAAAAAAUGUAAUGAUUUCAUGUACUUUACAAAAUUAAAUGCAUUAACCUGUAAAUUUACGAUUACUUAAUUUUUUUUGUUCCAAAAAACCUUUUAAUAAAAUUGUCAUUCUAAUUAUUUUUUCUCUA